AACUGCGGAGUUUUUCAUUGAAUGUCAUGUGAAUAGAUUCAGCGUUUCGACCUCCUCUAGUUUGGAUUUAUUUUGACUUUCGGAAACGCAAGAGCGCGAGAAGCCUUUUACUUCUUGGAGUCACUUGGAUGGAAGAAUGGCUUCUGGGACCAUUGACUGUGUGGAGAAGAACAUGCAGUAUCGUGUGGAUCAUUUAUUAAGUGCGGUGGAAAAUGAGCUUCAGGCUGGCAGCGAAAAAGGAGAUCCAACAGAAAAGGAUCUUAAAGUUAGUUUGGAUGAAAAUGAACUUUGGCAGAAGUUUAAGGAGUUGACAAAUGAAAUGAUAGUGACCAAGAAUGGCAGGCGCAUGUUCCCGGUGCUGAAGGUGAACGUGUCCGGUUUGGAUCCAAACGCCAUGUACUCCGUCUUACUGGAUUUCGUGGCAGCAGACAAUCACAGGUGGAAAUUCGUGAACGGUGAAUGGGUAUCGGGUGGCAAACCGGAGCCACAAGCCCCGAGCUGCGUCUACAUCCAUCCAGACUCUCCAAACUUCGGCGCGCACUGGAUGAAAGCUUCAGUCUCCUUUAGUAAAGUGAAACUCACCAACAAACUGAACGGAGGUGGUCAGAUUAUGUUGAACUCACUACACAAGUAUGAGCCACGUAUCCAUAUAGUGCGUGUUGGAGGGCCUCAGAGAAUGAUCACCACUCACUCUUUCCCAGAGACGCAGUUCAUAGCAGUUACUGCCUACCAGAAUGAAGAUGUUACUGCUCUCAAAAUUAAAUACAAUCCAUUCGCCAAGGCUUUCCUGGAUGCCAAAGAAAGAAGUGAUCAUAAGGAUUUAAUAGACGAUGUCAGUGAAAGUCAACAGACUGGCUAUGCUCAAUUAAGUAGCUGGUUUCUACCAGCACCAGGGUCUCUCUGCCCUUCUGCAAACCCUCAUGCUCAGUUUGGCAGCCCUCUUUCUCUGUCCUCAUCCCAUGGCUGUGAACGCUACUCCACUUUGAGAAGCCACCGGUCUGCACCAUACCCCAGUCCAUAUGUCCACCGGACAUCCUCUCCUAACGGUUACUCUGAUAACUCCACCUGUCUAUCCAUGUUGCCAUCUCAUGAUAACUGGUCCAGUCUGCAGAUGUCCUCUCACUCCAGUGUGCUGCCAAUGGGCCACGGCUCUUCCCCAAACUCCAACUCCAGUCAGUACACCAGCUUGUGGUCCAUGGGGAACUCACCGUUGACCCCAGUGUCUCAGGCUGGAGGGAUGACCAGUAGUUUGGGCUCACAGUUCCUCCGCAGCUCUGCCAAUCAUUACAGCAGCUUGACUCAUCCAGUUACAGCGCCCCCCUCUGGCUCUCCUGUAUAUGACACUGCUGUGCCUGAGGUGCAUGAGGCCUCUCAAUAUGACUGUUCAGCCUAUGUACGCCUUCCAACAGCAUGGACUCCAGUCACACCGCCGUCCUUAUAG